AUGAAUCAUUUUAAUAUAUUACGAUGGUUUAGCAAACGAAAACGUCAUACCAAUGCUAAUCUCGAAUCUUUGCGCCGUGAUAUAGAAACAGACAUUCACCUCCAACCGUUGGAAGAUUUGUUACAAAGAUUAGAAACCGAUGCGACGCAUGGCCUUUCCACGAACGUUGCACGCGCUCGUUUAACCGAAACUGGUCCAAAUACACUGACGCCACCGAAAAAACCUUCCAACUUGUUAAAAUUCUUACGUCUGUGUUUCGGAGGAUUUUCUUCGUUAAUAUGGAUAGGCGUUAUAUUAUGCUUGUGCAAUUAUCUUUUGGAACAUAGUACUUACGGUGAAGCGUCGAACGAGCAUUUGGGACUCAGUAUCGUGCUUGUCAUAUUAAUUUUAGUCACGGCGAUGUUCAGCCAUUACCAGGAGUCGAAGAGUAAUAAAAUCAUAGAAUCGUUCCAACAGAUGUUACCGCAAAAGGCCAAGGUUCUGAGGGACGGGCAAAAAAAGGAAGUGUUCGUACCCGAAUUAGUCGUGGGGGACAUUGUCCUUUUGGAGACCGGUGAACGAGUACCCGCUGACAUUAGGAUCUUGGAAUGUCAAGGUCUUAAAGUGGACCAUGCUUCGAUUACCGGAGAAUCGAUUCCGCUUUUAAGAACGGCCACCAUCCUUCCAACAACCGACGUGUUGCAAGCUAAGAAUAUGGUUUUCUUCACAACGGACAUAGUGGAAGGGACCGGAAAAGGAGUGGUAGUUGCUCGCGGCGAUCACACGGUGAUGGGACGGAUCGCGAAGCUAACCUCAAAAUUGGCACCGAGGCAGACGCCGCUCUCGCGCGAGCUCCAGCGUUUUAUGAAAUUAAUAUCGUGCUGGGCCAUCUUCCUCGGGAUGUUGUUCUUCACUCUGUCCAUCACGAUGGGAUACACUUGGAUCAAUUCAAUCACGUUCCUUCUCGGUAUCAUCGUCGCCAACGUGCCGGAGGGACUGAUCGCCACUAUGACCGUCAGUCUCACACUGACAGCCAACAAAAUGGCGAGCAAGAAUUGCAUGGUGAAACAUCUCGAGGCUAUCGAGACUCUUGGAUGCACAGCUGUUAUUUGCAGCGACAAAACGGGAACGCUCACCCAAAAUAAAAUGACCGUCCGGCACAUGUGGUACAGCGGCCAAUUGAGAGAGGUGAUGAUCUCCGACACGUGGAGGAAAUAUAUUCGCGAUGCCGGGUUUAGCAACUUGGCUAGGGUGGCCAGCCUGUGCAAUCGGGCCGAGUGGGAGCCUUUGCCCGAGGGUAUACCGAAACCGCCCAUAAGCAAGAGGAAGAUCCUGGGCGACGCAUCCGACGCCGCUCUGUUAAAGUGUAUGGAGGUGUUGGUGAAGGGGGGGGCGGAGACGUACAGAAAAAUUUGCAAAAAGAUAUUCGAGAUACCGUUCAAUUCGACGGACAAAUUCCAAGCGAACGUUUAUCUGUGCGGGAACAGGCACGUCGUCUUCUUGAAGGGGGCGCCCGAGAGGGUUCUGGAACGAUGCUCGACGGUGGCGUUCGACAACGAAACGAGGAUGCUCGACGACGAGAUCAAGGAGGCGUACACGGAAUCUUGCUACGUUCUCGCCAACAACGGGGAGCGCGUCCUCGGUUUCGCCGAUCUCGAUCUCCCCGUCUCCGCCUUCCCUCCCGGUUUCGCCUUCGAGGAGGACCCCCCGAACUUUCCUCUCGACAAUUUAAGAUUGAUCGGUUUGAUAUCGAUGAUGGACCCACCGAGGCCAACGGUGCCCGACGCCGUGUACAAGUGUCGUUGCGCCGGGAUCAAGGUGAUCAUGGUGACAGGCGAUCACCCCGACACAGCGAGGGCGAUCGCCAAGUACGUGGGGAUAAUCACCGACGACUAUUUGAACAACGAGAACGACGGGAAGGAGCACUCGAUCGUGAUGACCGGGAUGGAUCUCAGGGAUCUCGAGCCGGGCGAAUUGGAUCGCAUAAUAAGAAGGUAUCCGGAGAUCGUGUUCGCGAGGACGUCCCCCGUCCAGAAGCUUCAGAUCGUGGAGAGUUGUCAGAGGCUUCAUCUGAUCACCGCGGUGACAGGCGACGGAGUGAACGACGCGCCAGCGUUGAAGAAGGCCGACAUCGGUAUCGCUAUGGGGAUCGCGGGUAUAUCUUUUUCCUCUUCUCUCUCCCCCUCUCUCUCUCUCUCUCUCUCUCUGCCUCUCUCUCUUCCAACCAACAGAAUUAUCAUUGCAAUUAUCCGAUCGAGCGAGCGGAAAUUAUUGAUCCAUCGAAUGAAAUGUUGGAACCAACCAGGGUCAGACGUGAGUAAAGAAGUCGCGGACUUAAUUCUAUUGAACGAUGACUUUGCGUCUAUAGUGACUGGGAUCGAAGAGGGGCGAAGGCUGUUCGACAAUUUGAAAUCGAGCAUCGGCUACACAUUGGCAAGCAACGUUCCAGAGAUACUCCCGUUCCUGGCGUUCAUCCUCCUCGGGAUACCGUUGCCCGUGGGCGUGAUUUGCAUAUUGUGCAUCGAUCUCGGCACCGAUAUGUGGCCGGCCAUUUCUCUCGCUUACGAGAAGUCCGAGUCGGAUAUCAUGCUCAGGAAACCGAGGAUACCGCUCAAGGAUCACCUCGUGAGCCGGUCGUUGCUCUUCAUGAGCUACGGCCAGAUCGGGAUAAUAGAGGCUUGCGCCGGUUUCUUCACGUAUUUCGUGGUGAUGGCCGAGCACGGUUUCCUCCCCUACACGUUGUUCAACCUGAGAUCGUCGUGGGACUGCAUCGUGGUGAACGACUUGCAGGACAGUUUCGGCCAGGAGUGGACGUACGAGCAGCGCAAGGCCCUCGAGUACACCUGCCACACCGCCUUCUUCGUCAGCAUAGUGAUCGUACAGGUGGCGGACGUGAUGAUAUGCAAAACGCGCCGCAACUCCCUUUUCCGCCAGGGGAUGAACAAUUGGGUGCUCAACUUCGGGAUAAUAUUCGAGUUGGCGGUCGCGUGCGUCGUAUGUUACGCCCCCUACAUGGACGUGAUCCUCCGCACCUACCCCCUCCUCGCGGAGUGGUGGCUACCAGGCAUACCGUACGCCUUGAUCAUUUUCACUUACGACGAGCUGAGAAAAUUAUGGGUGAGGAGGAAUCCCGAGGGAUGGUGGGAUCGCGAGACUUGUUAUUAAAUACUCGUACAUAUUAUACA